AAACCGACCUAACACAUAAAAGCUCCAACUCAUCACCCCAAUAUCAAUUGUCGGUUUAUAUAAUCCUCAACUCUCUCUCACCUUAACAUUCAUUAGCUUUGCUCAGACUUAUCCGAUCUAGGGUUCAUACUUCUCUGUUCCCUCUUUUAUCGGAUCAGGUCUGAGCAGUUUAUAUUAUUAGCUUCAACUAUCCGGUCUGCAGAUCGUUAUCCAAACCCUAGUUUUCAUGUCUGAUCUUGACAUUCAGAUUCCUGCUGCUUUUGAUCCUUUUGCUGAUGCAAAUGCUGAGAACUCUGGUGCUGGGUCAAAAGAUUAUGUGCACAUCCGUGUACAACAGAGGAAUGGUAGAAAGAGCCUAACAACAGUACAAGGAUUGAAGAAAGAAUUUAGCUAUAACAAGAUAUUAAAAGACCUUAAGAAGGAGUUUUGCUGUAAUGGUACUGUGGUUCAGGAUCCAGAACUAGGCCAGGUGAUUCAAUUGCAAGGUGAUCAGCGAAAGAAUGUGUCUACCUUCUUGGUUCAGGCUGGUAUUGUGAAGAAGGAGCACAUCAAGAUUCAUGGUUUUUGAGGUGCUACAACUCUAGAUCUGUGUGCGUGCUUGUUCUGCGUCAUACCUCUAAUCUAUGAUAGCGAAGUUGCGGACUCCUCUAAUAUAAUAACUCUGGUUCCUAGCAUAUGUUUAGUGUGCAUUACAAUAAAUCUGUUUAUUGGCAUAUGUGUUUAGUUUUAGUAGUGUUUUCUGUUGCUGUGCGAUGCAGAGCAGCAGCACAUGGAAUAUGAGACUGAUGUGGCUGUGUUUGACAGUAAUAGUCAAUAUUAUUAUGAUAUAAUGAUGAAAGUUGUGCUUGUUUCUGCUA